AUUUCGAGAAAGAAAGAAAGAAUAUACAUCAACAAUUUGAUGAUAAUGAUUUGAUUCAAGGUGCUACAGAAAUAGAACAAGUAGAAAAUGAAGUUAUGAUACAACUUUUAAAUAGAAAGAAACAGUUGGAUAUUCUGUGCAAUGCUUUGAGAAUCAUUGAUGAGAGAAUUGAUGAUGGUGGGAUCACAAUGAGGUCUUUACAUAAGCUUCAAUUAUGUAUUUGUGAGGAAGUUCAAAAAGAAAAAGCAGAAAAACAG